AUGAUGUUCUCGCCACACUCCUCCUUGCAAUCGCCCACCCGUCCCUCGAGAGCUUCAAGGUGUCGUUCACCGAUGAACAGCGCACGCAACAAACUCUCCCCGACAUUGAUUCGCUUGCCGACCGUAUGUGAGUCCUAUGAAGGAACAAUAUACCACUGCACCAAAAGGCGAGGCACCUCUAGUUCAGUGAGCGCAUAUUGUCCUAGAAGUGAGAUGGAGCGAAGUUCAACAAGUCCAACUCCGGUCAACGAACAUCCCCAGCACUCAAUCGGCCCUUCUUGCCUCGUCGUUGUCACGUUCUACCGGUCCCAAGUGUCUCGCCUGUCGCAGCCCUUCACACCGAGUCGCGGAGUGCCCUACGAGGGCGCAACACCCGCCGCCAGGACCCUGUCGCUCCUGCAAGAAGAAGGAUCACUGGUCUCUCGACUGCAAGAAGGCGCUCGAGGACGGCAAAAAGCCCGACACCGCUGACUCGACCGUCGACUCGCAACACCAUGUCGGAUGUCUCGCCACCGGUCUUCUCGCUCGUCGUCGCCAGCUUCGCAACCACUCUUUUGUCGUCGACUCGGGCGCCACUUCGCACAUGGUCUCGGACAAGUCGCUGUUCACGACCUAUCGCCAUAUCGCUCCUACGAAGAUUGGUGGUAUUGCAGGGGGCAUCAACGCCAUCGGAAUGGGAAACAUCGCCUUCAUUGCCGCCUCGGGUCAUCCGAUCACGCUUACCGGCGUGCUGCACACUCCGGGCCUGUUUGUCAAUCUUCUCUCGGUCUCUCGACUUUGCGACACCGACGAUGUCCGUGUCGCCUUCACGAAACACGGCAACGACAUCGCUGAAGGCGCAAGACUCGACGAAGGGCUCUACUUGCUGGACGCUGAUCAUUCCAAAUGUCAGCACCUUGCUCUCCUUUCUCGCUCACAGUCAUCCGUGCCCCUGCUGACUCUCCACCGCUGCCUCAGCCAUCUCGCACCGUCCUCCAUACAGAAGAUGGUUGCCGCUGGUUUGCUGGAGGGUCUCAGGGCCGGAUAUAGUGACGAAUGUUGAAUUUCAUUCUACUACAAGCCUUCGAACACUUCAACCUCGCGCCACCAUUUGUCAGGCCUGCCCAUUUUCUCGCCUCGAGCGCCCUUUCGCCUCGGCGCAUUCUCGCCUCGGGCGCCUUUCGCCUUCGCAGCUAAGCCGCCCCCUUUUCUCCGCCUCCGCGCAUGCCUGCUCAACUCACGCUCGCGCGCCGCCGCCUCCACGCCGGGACUUAGUCAGCCUGCACUCUCCAGCUUUGCCAAGCCAACACCUCCGCCUCGCCACAGCCAAUUUGCCACCGCCGACCUCAUGAUCCAUCGGCCAUUCAGAACAUUGCCCAUUCAUGAUGCCCAUCGUUUGCAACCUGGAACUUGUCGUUACGGAUCACCUCACUGAGCAACACUGGAUCAUGUAGAUAAGUUUCCCUCGCGUUCGUCGUCCAACAUGACAUCUCUCAGAACCUCGAUGGCCCACUUGGAGUUUGGCCCUUAGGGCUUCGCAGCGUGCUCCUCUGAUUGGUAGAAAUCCCCUCAUGCGCCCGCCAGCUAGAACCUUGCCAGACUCGCGCUCUCCUGUGCCUUUCUUCCUCUUCUCUACCGCUUCCCAACAUUAGCAAGACAGCUAAUCUUCGGUAGAGAACAGUCCGUCCAGCCGUGCCACGUUCGUCUCGUCAGACCUCGUCCGUACCGCCUCACGACCUCUCCGCCCGGACCGUCCGUUGCAACCCAGCCACGUCGACGCUCCCACAGUAGCCCUAGCGGUCGCUACGCCAACCUCCCAAGGUCCUGCAGCCUACAAACAACAACGAAGAGGUAGAGAAGUUUGUCUGCAAUGCUUGCCUCAGCGCAAAGGGCCAUUGUCUUCCCUUACCCGAUUCGGAUUCGCACUCCUCAGAGAGACUCGGCCUUGUACACAGCGAUGUGCUUUCCUUCCCCGAGCGGUCCUUGACUGGCAAACGUUACCUGGUCACAUUCCUUGACGAUUACUCGCGCAAACUCUGGGCCUACGCAAUCGGACACAAAAGCGAAGUCUUCGGCAUAUUCAAAACUUGGCUAGCCGAGGUUGAACUCGAGACGGGUGCGACGCUGAAGGUCCUCCGAACCGACAACGGUGGCGAAUACUGUUCGAGAGCGUUCACAGAGUUCUGCAAGGCACGAGGCACCCGUCGACAAUACUCUAUCCCACGCACACCUCAACAGAACGGUCGUGCAGAGCGGGUCAAUCGUUCCAUUGUCGAAGGCGUCCUUGCCCUCCUUGUCGACGCCCACCUACCCAAGACAUUCUGGGAGGAGGCCGCAGCUUAUUUCGUUUACUGCAAGAACCUGUGUCAACACGCGGCCCUGGACAAGGCAACACCAAACUCCGUCUGGCAGGGUGACCACACCACUGCCUCGGUGCUUCACCCGUUCGGCUGUACAGCUUGGCUUACGGUCGCGCCCGAACUCCGCUCCAAACUCGACCCGAAGGCGGUUCGCGUUCUUUUCACCGGCUACGACCUGGCUUCAAAAGCCUUUCGCUUCUACGACACUACGACACAGAAGAUUAUACUUGGCAGAAAUGCCACGUUCCUCGACACUGAAUUCCCCGGAUUACAUGACGACCCCACUGAGCAAGACGACGACACGCACUUCGCCAGCGCUCCCACCACCGAAUCUCAAACCGUUGUCAAGACAUGGACCCCACUAGUAAGGUCGGCGCACAUGGACGUCUCAUCCCCCCUUGAUGAUUCUGCCAUGAGCGCCGUUGACGUGGCCCCAGGGUACACUGGCGGAACCUUACUUAACUUCACAGAUGCCGAAUCGUCCUCGUCACCGUCGCCUGUGCCGUCCUCUUCACCGUCGCCUGCGUCGCCCUCAUCACCGUCGCCUGCGCCAUCGCCUGCACUUUCACCAUCGUCGGCUGCGUCAUCGUCACCCUCGGCCUUACCGACCGACUCUGAAGACUCCGCCGAUCCCCUCGACCUCCUCGGCUCACAGCUCCAGGUUCGCCUCGAUCUACAGUGA